AUGGCAAUCGCGACGUCGCUCAAAGACGAGGAGGAUGCUACUUUUGCUUCCGUCUUCCCAGAAUCUUCAAAACUCGAUGCCUACAGCAUGGCGCUGGAUGACAUUGGAGUUUUUGAAGAGGCUGGAUUCCAGCGUGAUCACAUUGGCAUGCUGGCCACGUAUGGCUUUGUGGAUUUUGCCGGAAUGCGCACUUUGCUGCAAGGCAUAGCUGAGCGGCUGCGGCCAGAUUGCACAGACCUCUCGCAGGCCUUGGCCGGAAUGCGCUUCCUGGAUCUGGGUUCAGGUGACGGCCGUGCAGUCAUCGGUGCCGCAGUGCUGGCCCCAACUCUGGUGGAGUCCGCCGGAGUUGAACUCUCAGUGUCUCGGCACGAGCUGGCAGACAGAAACAGGCGCCGGCUUCCUGACAGGAUCCAGGAGAUUGUGCACUUUCAUCAGACCGACAUUCUGCAGGUAGACCCUGUACGCCUGGGAGCUACGGAGAUUGUGUGGCUGGCCAAUCUGCGAUUUCCAGAUGAAACUGUGGAGGCCAUCAACGCGUACUUGGAGGAGCACUGCGCCAAAGAGGUGGAUGCGGACCCAGUCCAGCAGCACCAUCCCUCCCCGCGCAGCAUGCGCACCGACAAGCCCGACAAUCGAGCAGGCCGGAAGCAAGAGAUGACUGAUGAGUCACUGACGAGUGCAGGUGGACCUGCCGGUGAAACAGGCAAGCAGGUCCAGCAGGAGAAUGCAGGCAGCGAUGCAAGUCGCUGGCAAGACGGGCGACCGUCUUCAUCGACGGAGUCGGUGCGGGAGCGCCUGGAGAAGCAUCCGGAGAUCCAGAUUCUCAGCUUGGAUGCUGACAAGCGCAAGGAUGAGGAUGCUCGCCGCGAAGCGCUUCAAACAGCAGAUGCUGCAGUCCUGUGCCUGCCUGAUGAUGCAGCCAGGGCAGCAGUGGCGUUGGCAGAGGGCUCGAAAACUGUCAUUGUUGAUGCCAGCACGGCCCACCGUGUAUCUGACGGCUGGCUCUACGGCUUUCCCGAGAUGAGCGCAGAGCAGGCAAAGGCCAUCUCCACAUCUACGCGGAUCGCCAACCCGGGUUGCUACCCGACAGGUUUCAUUGGCCUAGUUCGGCCACUUGUAGAUGCCGGACUGCUGCCAUCAGAAGCAGGCCUAGUGGUACAUGCCGUCAGUGGCUAUUCUGGUGGCGGCAAGGGUCUUAUCAAGACCUAUGAGGAGGAGGACCACGAGCCCUGGGGAGCGUACGGCUUCGCGUUGAAUCACAAGCACCUACCAGAGAUGGCGAAAUGGACCGGCCUAGAGGAGGAGCCUAUCUUCUGCCCUGCUGUGGGGGACUUCAAGCAAGGCAUGGUCGUGUCUGUUCCCCUGCGCUACUCCCAGCUUCGAGCAGGGACCACGGCUGCAGACGUGCAUGCCGCAAUGGCUGCGCACUACGAGGGAAAGCAGUUUGUGUCUGUCAAGCCUUUGAAUGACAACGACGCUCUGGAACGCGGUGCAUUCUUGCGACCUGACGCCGUUAACAACACCAACAAGCUGGAGCUGUUCUGCUUUGCCAACGAGGACAAGAAGGCGCUCUGGCUAGCAGCUCGCUUGGACAAUUUGGGAAAGGGUGCCAGUGGAGCGUGCGUGCAGAACCUGAAUUUGGCUCUUGGCUUCCCGGAGGAGACGGGAUUGUGA